GAAGAGAGGAUAGAGGGAGAGAGAGGGGCGCUGAGUUACAUUGCAAGCUCUUCGCAAAAAUGGGGGACGACAGACCUUUUGUGUGCAAUGCUCCUGGCUGUGGGCAGAGGUUCACCAAUGAGGACCACUUGGCUGUGCACAAGCACAAACAUGAGAUGACUCUGAAGUUUGGCCCAGCGAGGACCGACUCUGUCAUCAUAGCAGACCAGACACCGACUCCCACACGCUUCCUGAAGAACUGUGAGGAGGUGGGCCUCUUCAAUGAGCUGGCCAGCUCCUUCGAGCAGGAGUUCCGCAAGGCCCAGGAGGACGACGACAAACGGGCCAAGAACCCGAUCACCGCCGCUGCCAGCACGGGGGUCCUGGACAUGAGUCUGCAGACGCCCUCAGAGGUGAAGGUGAAGGAGGAGGAGCCGGUGGAGGUGGACUCGUCCCCUCCGGGCAGCCCAGAGUCCAUCUCCAGCAGGUCGGACAGCGAACACGAGUAUGUGGGGAGACCAAAGGACACUCCCCCCAGACCUCCGGUGAGUGCGGCCCCGACCCCCACCAUCGUGCGGCCGGGCUCGCUGCCCCUGCACCUGGGCUACGACGCGCUGCACCCCACCAUGCCCUCGCCCACCUCCGUCAUCACACAGGCGCCGCCAUCCAACCGCCAGCUCGGGUCUCCGACUGGUCCAUAUCCGAUGAUGAUGCUUCCCAAUGGCCAGACGGUGCCCGUGUUGCCUGGGCCUAUGCAGAUGCAGAUGCAGAUGCCCUCAGUAAUCUCUCUGGCGAGACCUCUGAUGGUGCCCAACAUUCCUGGCAUCCCUGGACCCCCACUAGGGGGCAGCAGCAGUGGCUCGUCCUCACCGUCAGGCUACAACCCCCACUCUGAGGCCAAGAUGAGGCUGAAGGCUGCCCUGUCCCAGCAGACAGCCACAGCGCAGAGCUGCGGCGGGGUGUCCAGCCCCAUGGUGCCCCAGCGGAUGGAGCAGAGUCAGCUGCUGGUUCAGCAACCAGACGCCCCGUCCCCUGCACAGCCACAGGUAUCUCCUGCUCAGCCCACCGGGGGCCGUAGGCGGCGGACGGCGGACGACGACCCCGACGAGCGGCGACAGCGCUUCCUGGAGCGGAACCGGGCGGCGGCCUCGCGCUGCAGGCAGAAGCGCAAGGUCUGGGUCUGCUCCCUGGAGAAGAAGGCCGAGGAGCUGACCUCUCUCAACGUAUCUCUGUCGAAUGAGGUGACCCUCCUACGGAACGAAGUGGCCCACCUGAAGCAGCUGCUGCUGGCCCACAAGGACUGCCCCGUGACCACCCUACAGAAGAAGAACGCCUACUUAGGAGACGAGACCAUGAAAGACGUGUCGGAGCCCGUGGGCUCCCCGGCCGCGGUCAUCCAGCACAGCUCGCUGGCCCUGAGCCCCUCCUCGGCGGGCCCCAAUGGGCUGAGCGCGCGGGCGGCGGCCGAGGCGGUGGCCAUGUCGGUGCUGGCGGGCAUGGGCAGCCACCGGGGCGAGCAGGGCUCCGGCGGGCCCAGCGGGCCCUCCCACGUCAUCAUGGCCACACAGUCCCACCCCUCCACCAGAUGAUGAGCGCAGCCCAGCGGGUACGGGACUCGCCCCCAACCCUACCCCCCUCCACCAAUCAACCCCCCCUCAAACACCCCACACGCACCAUCCCCGCCAGAAAGAGAUGGAAGCAAAGAGAGAGGGAGAGAGGGAUGGAUGGGUGGAUGGAUGGAUGGAUGGAUGGGGGAGGAGUCUCUACUCUUCGUUCUUCUGUUCUCUUCUUUCCUCCUCCCUCUGGCCCUCCUCCUCCUCCUCCUCCUCCUCCUCGUCUUGAGCUGAGGAACUAGUCAGCCUUUUGAGAACAGACUGGGACUGAGAGCGAGUGUGGCGAGCGAGACUGCGUGCUCCCUGUUCACUAUGCCAUAGACUACAGGGGCUGGACUCCAAACCUCCCCACUUGUACCCUAUAUUACUCAACCCGUCCCCCUCUCCGUUCCCACCACCCAGUCCUCACCAGAUCCCAGUGACCUUGUCCAACUUGCCCCCCCCCCCACACACCUGCAUCUUCACUGGACUGUAGGACUGCAGUGUCACUGUUUGCAAGUGUCGCUGUUAUUGUGAUGAUUGCUGCGCCGGUUUGGACAUUUUCCUUCUCACUUUGUAACCUUUCCUCCCCCACCUCCUUCACACAGCCAUAUGCACAUACAUCAGAACAGAACACCCUCGACUGCUGUGUCUGCUAGUUGGUGUGCGGUCCAGUGAUUGAUGUGACACAGCUCAUAUUGUUUUGAUUUUUAUUUGUUUUGUUAUUUUUUUUUUUCUCGUUCGUUUCUGUUUCCCCCAACGCAUAAACACAGCCUGGGCCAGGUUAGCAUGUCAACAUGCCAUGCACACUCACUCACUCAGUCAUCCAUUAAUUCAUCCAUUCAUUCAGUCAGUCAUUUAUUCUCAGUCAGUCAUUUACAUGGUAACAUUCAUUCAUUCAUUCAUUUGUUUAGCCACAGAGAUGUCUGUGUCUCAAGAUUGGUACCAAAACAAUGCAAUAUUUAUAAUGUCUUUUUUAUGGAGAACUCAAACAAAAAACACUUUAUGUAUUUGAAAUCCAGGUUAACAAGUUGGUCCCCUUAAAUCGUUUUUCUCAAAAUGGGCUUCGUUUAAAGGCGACCAAGCACCCCCCCCCCCCCCCCCUUAUGCCCUUAGUGGAAUGUUUUACACACGUUGCACAUGCAUGAGUGGCUAACGUGAGUGACGGUUGUGUGAUUGUGUGGUUGUGUGUGCGUGCGUGCGUGCGUGUGUGUGUGCGCGCGCUGCUAAACAUGAAAGGCAGUGUGAUGAUGAUGAUGAUGAUGAUUAUUACGAUUAUUAUUACAAGGCCUCUUACACUAAUGUACUGUUUUUCGUAGCAUGCAGCUUCAAGCAGCUUUCAUCGUCCAGUUGCUCGUGGCGCAUCAAGUCCACUCAUGGUCCUGUUCUGACCUUCUGGCAUAUCUGUGAAAAGCCACGAUGACUUUCAGAGGUAGUCAAGGGAAAAGGGGAACAUGCAGAGCCCUAAGCAACUAAAAAAAAAAAAAGGCUUUACAUUUUUUGCGAUGUUAUGCACCAUUUAUCAUGGAAUGAAUGCCACCUCCUCCGUGCCUGCCCCCGUCUCCUAUGCACUGGGUCUGCAUUGUCCCCCCCCCCCUCCCCCUCCCUCCGGGUUGAUUUUGAAAUGGUCAGACUUCUGGAAUGCGUCCUUUGUCAGAACCACAAGUGGUGGAUUGGCGGCUCGUUUUGUGGCCUGGUUUUGAGGUGUUUCGAUUGCAGUCUUCCCAGUUUCCUACAGGGACGCAUAUUGCUCAGCGCUCAGCUGGACGGUUCGGCGCCCCCCCCCCCCCACUGCCUCUCUGUGUCUCCACAUCCCUUUGCCCUGUGAUACCAGCCUAUUUAUUUAUUUGUGCCGUUUUUUGAUGUCUGGUUUUAAAAUGGUUCAGAGGCUGUGUGCUGACAGUCUACUGGCAUUUUAAGCAUAAGGAUUUCUUCUCCUUUUUACAUUUCUGUUUCUUCUUCCUCCUCCUCCUCCUCCUCCUCCUCCUCCUCUUCUCCUGUCCACUCUUUGUCCACUGUUGUGUCCUGUGUGCUUGUUGCUGCUCUUUUGUCCUCUUGUGUCACUCUCCUGAUAAAGAAGCCAUGGCAGUCUCCAGUGCCUGUGCAAGCCUGUCACGCUGUCCCUAGUGUUAGGCCAUCCAGAGCAUAACAACCUGACUGUUAAAGAACCUUCCCUCUCUGACUUUAUAGUUACAACCAUCCAUGGUCCUAAUAAAAACAAAAUGCACAUACACACACUCGCAUACACAGAAACAGACACCACCUUUAAAAUGACCCACAAUAAUCAAGCAAACAGAUUCUGCCUUAAGAAUCACGCUAGUGCCUCAGACACCUAAACCCAGGUCCGGGUAGUUUGCAUGCAGCUGCCCUGGGAAAAAGGGAGAUGACCAUUGUCUUGGUCUGGCUGUCUGCCCAUUGUGAACUGAAGAGGCAUCCAUCAGGAAUCGAUAAAAGCUUUAUAUUUGUAUUAGAUGUACUAAAUCAUUGAUGCCUUCUCAACAUAUACAAUUUGGAAAGAAAGCUCUGAAAGUGAUGGUAAUGUUUCACUUUUAUUUGUCCUCCCUUUCCCCUUUUCAUUUGGUCGCGAGACCUCUAGGAUGCCUCCUAGGCGAUGUUGGGUGCAACUGCACCUUUAUAGAAUGGCGAGAUGGAGUCACUGUAGUUUUUCCUGUGAUGGAUUGUGGCCGUGUUUUAGUAGUUUCUCUAACACAAAUGUUGGCAUAUCCCCCCCCCCCCCUAUCCUGUUUAACAUAAUGUGAUAUGUUAGUCACCUUAGGAAAGGAAGUGAGGCCGGAACUAAACAAGGGAUUAACAGACGACUUCUUUUGUUCUUUUGUUCCUUCUUUGUACAUAAACAUGGAUCUUCCCUUCUCAUGUAUUGUAUUGCAGUGUAUAAUACUGCAAAUAAAUUGAGGUUAUCAGUCCAAAACAUAAGGGCAUGUCUAAAUGCACUAACGAACGAGAUGCAGGUUUAUUGUUGACUUUUAUAUUGUUCUUCCUUUUGAAUUGAUCAUUUAUCCAUGCUUUGGUGUAUCCUGAUUUUAUAGGUUCUUCCUCAGCGACAUCACACAUUUGUGACAUCUUUGUCUCGCGUUUAUGUAUGUGUAUACAUAUUAUGAUUGCUCAGCAACUACUUGACACAUAUCUCACAAAUUACUUUUAAGUUCUUGUCCUACAGUCCCAAUGGUGACCCUUGCAUUGUGUUGUACUUUAUACCGAUGCUAUAUAUUGUCGGUAGUCCCUUUUAUAGACGAAUGUUGAUCAUGAAAUGGGAAGAAAACUCUUAUUCAGUUUUUCAUACUAGUAAUUGUCAUUGGCACUUUUUUCCAAGAACCUGUUUCUCUUCAUUGCGUGCUAUUGUCAGGACUAUAGAAAUCCCUGUCAUAAGAAAUGCUUCUCUAUCUUUUGUGUUGUAAUAAUGAAAUGUAGAUAGAUUUUUUUUUUGUUCUUUCUCCUUUGUUCAUAUUUAGUUAUUUUGUGUGUUUGUUUUUUCAGCAAGGCAGGUCUUUACAUUUUCAAAGGAAUUUUAAGGGGAAGUCUGGAGAGACUUCUUUAGAACCAGUCAGCUCCCACUUGUAACCGAUCAUCACGGUUAGCCUGUGCAGAACCUCAUUCUACCUGAGCUUAUCUCCAUCAUUCUAAUGGGAUGCAGAGUAAUUAAUUUAUUUUGGAUUUUGUUUUCAUGGAUUUCCCUCAAAUGUUUGGAAUUAUGAACAACAUGUACUGGUAGACGCUCUGAACGCAGUAAUACCUAGUUUUAAGGGGGGUAAUGAACAAUAAGGAAAAGAUGUUUUAAAACGUUCUUCUUAAUGUCAAUCUUUUCUGGGUUAAAUUUACACUCCCGUUUUGUUGGACUGGUGAUUUUAGAAAAAUGUUCAUGUAUUGUACAUAUGUGUACCAUAUAUAAAUAUAUAUUUACUUUUUCAUGCAUGUUGAAGUGGAAUACUAUGAACACUUACCGUGCUGCAGUUUUAAUUAAAGAAAAGCAACUUAAUAGAAUCCCAAAGUGUUUGAACUUCAUGUUUUCAAGUCCUCUCUGUGUUACAGACUAUCUCAUUAGACCAUAGGAUGUGUAGCUGAGUGUUGGUGCAUGUGUUACUGUAUGGGAAAAUGUGUCAAAACUGCCAAGCAUCGAAAAGCAAUAAAAAGUAGUCAUAUCUGUUGUCUGAACCCAUAAA